AUGCCAGACAAAAAGAAAAAUUUACAAUUCAUCUGGCCGAAAGAUGGACCCAAAGGUCGCAGUGGUUCUCGAGGAUUUUUCGGCAGACUGAACAACAUUGUAACGAAUCGAGGACCAGAUAUUUUCGUUGGAAAACAAGGAAGUAGAAUCAGUCCCGACCGCUGGCAGAACUGGGACUCUUACCAUGAUGAACAUAAGCAUAUCCAUGAAAUAACUGGAGCCUUCUCAAGAGAUUUCAAAAGAUACGAUCCACACACACGGAAAUACGUCGAGUGGGAACAAGCUCAAGAUUGGAACGGGUACGGAGUUUCCAAUAAUCCAUGGGAAUAUCCACGCUUAACCGCAGAGGAAUUUGCCCAAAUUUACCGGACCUAUCAUCGAGGUCAUCAAAUUGAUCCUUCCAAGUUCAAAGAUUGGAAUCAUGCUGGUCCUAAUAGAUUCAGACAAGAAUAUGAUAGUUUUUGGCAAGGAGCACAUCGAAGAGGAGAAAAUUAUAAAUAUGGUUGGAAUCAUUUAAGGGGUGAAAAUAAUCCUUGGAUGAGGAUGCAUCAAGAAUGGCCUACUGAUUUAGAGGAUUGGAUGGCGCUUCGUGGGAUGUAUUAG